AUUUUCGAGAUAAUUUUCGCGAUAAUUUUUGCUAUAAUUUUUAGUUUCUAAAAACUAUCGAAUGUUGCUCGUAAGUAUAUUACGUGAUCGCAAACACGGAAUGUGACGUGACAUUCGUUCGUGUUUACCAUCGUGUCGGGAGCGUCAGCUGGUGCAACACGUGCGCGAGACGUUUCGCUUGGUUUCGCUAUGUCAUAACGCGUGAUGAGGAGGAAAAAUCGGACAACUUCUACGUGUUUUAUUCGUUAAUAUUGGCGUAUCGCUUAAAGUAGGACCAUCCCUCUCGGUGAAGAGGAGUCAUGUAGUCUCGCCCCGCUGGAGUUCAACAGAAAACGAAUCUUGAAGCUCCGCUAACUGUUGAACGAAGGCAGAGUCACGUGAAACGAUCGGAUACGCCGAAGGAACUAUUUGCGGCAAUGUUCUUCCAUAUCGAACCUAACCUAUAAGCGCGGAAAUGGAAGAGGAGAUUCCUGCCACGUCCUCGUCGAGCGACGUAGUUUCCAGCCAGAGAUCGUUACCGUCCACUCACGAUCCCGGCUGGAACGAUCCACCGGAGUGGGCACUGUCCUCGCAGCAUAAUUCGUCGGGCACAUCCACCAGGAGGCUCCUGAACAAGCGAGUGGCAUUCCCGUUGUCCUCGCAAACCUCCUCCCCGGAGAAGGUUGCCGCUCCGCCUCCUUCAACGAAUUUACCUCCCGUUUUACAGUCCGCCGCAGUUCCGACAAUAACCACAGCACCCCACAAGCCUCUUCUGGCACCUAUCGAUAAAGACCAUGCAAAAACAGAGUCGGACGACAAUUUUGACAAAGAUCAAGCAUUGACAGAAAUUUUAGCCAGUUUCGAGUCUGUGAUGACGGAGCAGAAAAUGGAAGAGGGCAAGGUGAAGGAAAUACGAAAACGAUUGGAUACCAUGAAAUCUAACUGGCUCGAAAACAAACUGAGCGAUACUGUACAGAGAAAUAUCUUGGAUAUAUCGAAAGCGCUGCUAAGAAAAGAUAUCAAGGAAGCCGACAAAAUCCACAUUACUCUUAUGAUGCAGCAUGCAAAUGUUUGUCGCACUUGGAUGCCAGCCGUCAGGCAUAUAAUUUUCGAAUUGAAAAAGGAAAGUGAGAGACCCGACGUCCCGCAACCGGAGCAGUCACCUCUGCUAUUUGUCGACUCGACGAAAAAUGACUGAAUUGUUAUCGCUAGAAGUAAGCUAAACAUAAUCAUGUCCAUAUUCGGUCACGGACGUAGGUGUUCUCUUCCGCAUAUCCGUAAAUAUAUAUUAGGCACCUAGUUUUAAAGUCUGUUCUGAACGACCUGUUUAGAAGGUUUCCUUGGCAAACCUGCACUCUUGGCGGUUUGCCAUCGCCUUCCGAGCUGCACAUAAUAAAUAUUAAAAAUAAAAUAAUUCCAAAAUACCGACUUGUUCGCUACUUUGUGACUACGUGGCGACGCGCGAUAUUUUUACAGCGAAUGCAGAAUAUCGAACAGUACUCUCAUUGUCAGAUACAAUAUAUUAUUUAUAUUAUGAUCGCGAUUGCAGCUUUUAUUACAGGACAAUUAAUUGCACUAGAAUAAAAAAUGAAAGCAGUUGUAUUCAUAAAAGUUUUUUGUAUUUUUCAUUUCUCUCUUAUGUAUAUUCACAAAGGACAAUUACAUCUGUCUUACCACAUA